AAAUAACGAUACAGCGCCACCCCACCACCCAACCGCCCCCCUAAACAACCACUCAGUGGCGAAAAAUCACCCGUAGUUGAAAACUGGAACGGAAAACGGCGAAAAUAUGCUCAAGUCGGAGGUUCAGCACCAGUUCUGGAUUACAAAGAAGGUGGUGCAGCGCAAGCUCGGAACGAAGGAGGACAAGCACAUAAUAUCCUCGGACGCGGAACUGGAUUCCAAGAUCGAGGUGUUCAAAUCGAUAUCGGACACCAGCUUGAACCUGUGCAAAAUCAUUGACCAAUACCAGGAGCGCCUAUGCAUCCUUUCGCAGGAGGAGUGCGUGUUCGGCAGGUUCCUCAAGGAGGCGGGAAAGCGGAGCAGAACCACGGGGGGUAGUAUAGCCCACACGGCCAAGGCCGUAUCCUUCGCUGGACAGCAGAGAAUGUGCGUGCGGGUGCCGCUCCUGCGGCUCCAGCACGAAGUCGAUGUGUUCCGCUGCCGGGCGGUCAAGGACACGGAGCAGACCCUCCAGACGAUGGAGAAGGAGCGCACGGAAUACCGCGCCGCUCUCUCCUGGAUGAAGUCAGCCAGCCAGGAGCUGGAUCCCGAUACGGGCAAGGGUCUGGACAAGUUUCGCACGGCACAGGCCCACGUGCGGGUGGCCAAGCAUAAUUUCGAUGGUUACUCAAUGGAUUCCAUUCAGAAGAUUGAUUUACUAGCAGCUGCCCGCUGCAACAUGUAUUCCCAUGCUCUGGUGGCCUACGUAACCGAGUUGAAGAACUUUGCCCAGAAGGCCGCCUCCACAUUCCAGACCAUAUCCAAGGCCUUGAUUAUAAAGCCCAAGUACGACUUCUGUGUGCUAAAGGAACUGUCUCAAAAUGAAGGACCCACAGAGGAAGUGCCGCCAAUCGAAGCCGUGGAUAAGGACCAGUCGUUAUUCUUUGCUAACGAGUACCAGGACAAGCUGGAAACCCAGCCGGAAACCAAGGAGUCCAAUGAGGACAAAACAAGUGCACCUCCCACUGCCUGCGGCGACAAUGAAUCCUUGCUUAUUGAGCUUUCUAAGCAGCUGGAGGACAGUCCGCUUAUAGAUGCGCCGCUGGAUGAAGAUAUACCUGCCCAAAAUAGCAGUAACAAGCUAUGGUCCCGCUUGUUUAGCCAGCAGAAUCAGCAACCCAUACCGAGCCAAGUAGCCAAGGACUCCAAGGCAAGUGGAGGUGGCGCCACCCCGGUUCCCAGCAAAUCGCAGUCCACCAACAAUCCCUGGCUGGAUCUCUUCGCCGACUUGGAUCCCUUAGCCAAUCCGCAAGCCUUCGAUUUGAAACUGAGCGGCGGACGCAGUGUGGCCGAGCAGACCUGAGCAGAUUACCCUCCCGUACAGAUUAUAUUUAUUGAUCUGUGUAUACCUGUGGAAACUAGAUAGUCAAAAUGGAGAAACUUUGGAUGUAACUUUUCGCUAAACGUUCAAAAACUUUUUAUGUUUUAUUUAAAUAAAAUUUAUAUGGGACACAGCA